AUGUCAUCAAGAAAAAGUGAUGUUGGGAUAAUGGAUGGUGAAAAAGAAGAGCUGAUGCAAGUUGUGGAGGAUGUGGAUGCUUUUCUCCUUAUCAUAGGUGCUAAUGGGGGGAAAGAUGUUCCAGAUUGUGUUCGUGUGCUACCCAAAUUGUUUGAGGAUAUGUUGGAUAGCUACAAUUGUGGGAGAACCAAGUUUGGGGAGGAUGCAACAUAUGACAACUCCUUCUUAGAUGUUGUGAAUCGCAUGUACAAGCUCUCAACUAGUUGUAGUUGUAGUAAUACCUUGGACCAAACUAGCUCCGUCUUAGAAAAAGCAAUGUCCCUAUUAGAGAAAGAUCUUUGUUCUCUUUUGGAGGAACCCAAAACACCCAAUAAAUCAUUCUCUUUUGGUUCCCGUUCUGAUCUAAGCGUCAUUUUUGAGAUUGACUCUCCUGAGCCACCACAACAUGAACAAGAUCACUAUCAUCAAGACUUCCUUACUCAUUUAUCUACACAUAAGAUUUCCAUUUUGAACAAGAUUGCCACUACAAUGAUUGUUGUUGGCUAUGAAACAGAGUGUUGCAUUGCUUUCGCCAAUUUCAGGCGAAGUGCUUUCAAGACUGCUUUACAAAGACUUGGAUACAGGAGCAUGAGAAUGGAAGAUGUGUGCAAAAUGUCAUGGGAAACACUAGAAAGAGAAAUUACAACAUGGAAUCAAGUGGUUCGACAUUGCACCACCAUGCUUUUCAACGCUGAACGAAGACUUUAUGACUCCAUCUUCCCCAAUCAACCCUUUAUAUCACAGAGCUUAUUUAUUGAUCUUGCACGACAUGUCAUCAUUCAUUUACUCAACUUUGCACAAGGCGUCGUUCUAACGAAAUGGUCGACAGAAAAACUAUUCAAAUUCCUAGAUAUGUACGAGACCUUGAGAGAAGACAUUAUUGGGGAUUCUUGUCUAGAGCCGGGUGCAAGUGAGGUAGCAUAUGAGAUAGUCAUUGCAAAAGAUAGGGUAAUAAAGGCUAUUGUGGCCAUGUUUUGUGAUUUGAAAAACUCCAUAAAAAAUGAUAAUGAAAGGAUUCCUGUCCCUAAUGGUGCAGUUCACCCUUUGACUCGUUAUGUUAUGAACUAUCUUAAAUAUGCAUGUGAGUACAAAGAUACAUUGGAGCAAGUGUUUGAACAAGGCCAAAGUGUAAACUUUACAAGGAUUGAUAUUUAUAAUGAUAAAUCCAUCGAAGAAGUGGAAGAUGUAGGGACACCUAAGGAUUCACCUUUUGCAAUUCAAUUGAUGUCCAUCAUGGACCUUUUGGAUGCAAAUGUGGAAAGGAAGUCAAAUUUGUAUAGGGAUCUUGCUUUGCGCUACAUUUUUCUAAUGAACAAUGGGAGAUACAUAGUGCAGAAAGUCAAAGGAUGUAGUGAGCUGCAUGAUAUGAUGGGUGACAAUUGGUGUAGAAAGAGGCAAUCGGGUUUAAGGUUGUACCAUAAGUGUUAUCAGAGGGAAACUUGGAGUAAGGUGUUGCAAUGCCUUAAGCCAGAGGGCUUGCUGGGGACUGGGAACAAAGUGUCCAAACAACUUGUGAAGGAAAGGUUUAAGUGUUUCAAUAGCAUGUUUGAAGAGAUACAUAAGACCCAAAGUACUUGGAUGGUGGUUGAUGAGCAACUUCAGUCUGAACUCAGGGUUUCAAUAUCAUCUUUGGUGAUUCCAGCUUACCGGUCCUUUGUUGGAAGAUUCAAACAACAUCUAGAAUCAAGUAGACAUAUUGACAAGUAUAUCAAAUAUCACCCCGAAGAUAUUGAGCUUUUGGUUGAUGAUUUUUUUGAUGGUAAUGUUGUGUCCAUGACUCGAAAGAGGACGUGA